AUGGCCUAUUGCAUACGCUAUCUUCUAAAUUUCCUUCUCCUUUCUGCAGCUGUCUGUGCGGUACCGCUGUCUGACAAAACAAAGAAAUCUUUGAGUCAGAAACUUCAAGGUACUCUUGAGGAACGCAAGAUACGUUUACAACAUCUCGCCCAACUCUACUUUGGGAAUGCAUCAUCAGCUGAACAAAACAGCACUCGACAGUUACCCACUAUCCAAAUGCCCAUAAUCGGAGAUUCCGAUGAGCGUCCUAGUGUGGUGAAGAUCAAUCGACGAACGGGUGUUGCUGAAUACCUAUUUGAAGGCGAUAUCAGUCUUACAGACGCACAGCUAACGCGCAUAGAAGACGGCAUUAUCGGUGGUAAAUCUUCUCGUGCCAGACGUCAAGUUCAUGAUUUGAAUCCGCUUUGGUCUGAAAACCAUGUUUUUUACUAUUUUGACGCUAGUGUAGAAGAACAUAGGAAGACCUCCGUAAGAAACACCCUGCAGUAUCUCAGGGAUCAUACUUGUAUAGACUUUACUGAAAGUGACGUUGCUGUCAAUAGAAUCCGUGUCAUUGUGGGAGAUGGCUGCUACUCGUACAUAGGGAUGAUCGGAGGACCAGAGCAAUUGCACAACUUUGCCAAGCUCCCUGCAUACGAAUCCACGAACUAUAAUCCAUAUGAGUAUGGCAGUGGCAUGCAUUAUCCUGCUACUGCGUUUAUUGCGAUUGGUGCAACUGAAUAUCCCAUUACACCGUACGACUUCAAUUACAAAUUCACUAUGGGAUCACUUGCAUUUUCCUUCUAUGACGUGAAGAGCUUCACCUUCGGUAAUGCUACCGUUAGCGGAGCUCGACCUGAUUUCAUGAAAUGCAACCACUGGAUAGAGGCACCAGCUGACAAACAAAUUCAGUGGCGUGUAACUUACAUAGAAGCUCCUUCGUGUUGGUAUGGAUGUCUCUUCAAUGCGAUUGAGCCUAAAGUCGGAGUCGAUCCAAGAGCUACAAGCCCCAGAAUGUGCUGUGCAGAUUCGCAGGUGAAGGUCCACAACAGUACUCAAAACCCUCUACCGGUCGUCUCUUACAACAGCUAUUUAAUGUCGGUGUACACAUUUCACUACAGAUUCAUAUAA